AAACUGUCAAAUCUUACUACUUCCGGUUUAAUGCGGUCUGCAAUUUUUCGCGUAUUAAAACAAUUAAAUAGACACGGUUUUAAGCAGUUCCACGUACAGAAUUCAGCCAUGCCGAAAGCUUUGGUCAUAUUGUCUGAAGGGGCGGAGGAAAUGGAAACUGUCAUCACCGUGGACGUCCUUAGAAGAGGAGGGAUUGAAGUAACCCUUGCUGGCUUGACAGGUGCAGAUCCAGUGCUGUGUAGCCGUAAUGUGAAGAUUGUCCCAGAUGCAGCUCUUAGUGAUGCUGUUUCUAAAGGUCCAUAUGAUGUGGUUGUUUGUCCUGGCGGUGCAAAGGGAGCUCAAAACCUAGCAGAGUCUCAAGAAGUUGGAAAAAUUCUGCAAGAGCAAGAAAAAGGUGGACGUCUCAUAGCAGCUGUCUGUGCUGCUCCAAUUGCACUGGCAAGUCACAAAAUUGGGCAAGGGAAAAAUGUUACAUCUCAUCCCAGUGUUAAGGACAAAGUAGGGGAUCACAAAUACUCAGAAGAACGUGUUGUACAAGAUGGAAAACUCAUCACAAGUCGUGGCCCAGGCACCUGCUUUGAAUUUGCUCUUAAAAUUGUUGAAAGCCUGUUGGGUGAGGAGAAAGCCAACUCACUGGUGGCCCCUAUGCUUCUAAAGAUGUGAACACUUCCAUUAUAAAUGUAAACAUACCUUUAUCAGGUGGAACUUAAGUUUUUCAUCAUGAUCACUUGUUCAAAAAUGAUGUUGGUUCAAGUUAGCAUGCUUAUGAAGUUUUUACUUGUAUAAAUAACAAUAACAGCAAGGUCAAUGUCAUUGGUGAUCCUAGCUUACAUUCUAACAAUUAGUCAUUUGCUAUAUGGUUAAGACAUUUUAGAUAAUGAGUGAAGAAAUUUUGCUGCUUGGACUUAAGAUGGCUGAGUAACUGAGUAUAACUGAAUAUUAAUGGCAUUGUUAAUAAGGGCAUUUUUUCCAAUAUGCUCUUUGUAUGAAAAGGAAUCUCCAAUUAUGUACAUUGAAAAACUGCUCACUGUAAUAUGGAUGGCUGAAGCAUUCAGACUCCUGCAAAUUUUAUGGUCUCCAGCCAUUUUUAGCUCUCCUGAGCCAAAGGCUCGUGGUGAGCUUUUGUGACUGUCCAAUGUCUGUCGUGCCUUGUGUGUCCAUCAAUAUUUUAUAAAAAAAUCUUCUUGAAAACCACUGAGCAGAAUUACAUCAAACUUCACAGGAAUGAUCCUUGAGUGGUCCUCUUUCAAAAUUAUUUAAAAAAUUAAAAAAUCUUCUUGUCCAAAACCGCAAGGCGUAGAGCCUUGAUAUUUGGCAUGUGACAUCGUCUUAUGGUCCUCUAUAAAGAUUGUUCAAAUUGUGCCCCUAGGGGGAAAAAAGGCCCCGUCCCGGGGGUCCCAAGUUUACAUUGACUUGCAUAGGAAAAACUUUAAAAAUCUCCUUGUCUAAAACCAAAAGACCUAGACCUUUGAUAUUUGGUAUGUAGCAUUGCCUUGUGUUCCUCUACCAAAAUUGUUCAAAUUAUGCCCCUGGGAUGAAAAGAGGCCCUGCCCUUGGGGCUCUCAAGUUUUACAUAGACUUAUAUAGGAAAAAAACUUUAAAAAUCUUCUUGUCUGAAACUGCAAUGCUUAAGGUAUUAGGUCACUAAUAGUAAUGUUUACAAAAUGGCCUUUGCUUGGUAUAUUCUGAAAGGUAGUUGUGUUUUGCACUAUUUUGCAAUUUUUAAACAACUUUUACCGUGCUGGUUUUUAUAAAUUUUGUAUAACUUAUGGUAUCUCCACAAGCUCGAGUAGAGACAAAUUUCAAAGUGAUAGCCACUAUCCAAAACGUUUGCAGAGAACUCAUUUUACCAUUAAUUUUAAUAAAAGAAACAUCAAACUAUUUGUAAACAAUUAUUAAACACAAAAUAAAAAUGUCAAUAUCAUUUGUUCAUUGGUUCCUCAAGUAAACGGAUUUAAUGAGACAGAAUUCAUACUUCAACAUUGAAAAAAUAUUAGAAAGAAGGUUGGUAGGUCAUAUUCAUGGUCACUGAAAGUCAGUUUUAAGAUCGCUGUGCAAAACUGUACAUGUCAUUCAGAUUUCAAGGCUGUAUGGUAAGCACUUAGGGUCAUCAGGUAAUUAUGUCUAAACAGUCCAGGAAAUACAAUCUGAUAAUUUUUUAAGUAUUUCUUUUCCUACACAACUCAUAAAACUCUUUUCACCCCAGGUGUAUAAUUUGAACAAUCUUAGACAUCCACUAGACAAUGCUACAUACCAAAUAUCAAAGGCAUCAUUUUGCCAUUUUAAACAUGUGGCUCAUAUUACUCAAGUGAGCGAUUCAGGGUCAUCAUGACCCUCUUGUUUAUUAUCAGUAUAGCUUGCAUUAAUUGAAAAACAGCAGAUAUGACUGACAUAAUUGAGCCAUGCCAUGAGAAAACCAACAUAGUACGUUUGCAACCAGCAUGGAUCUAGACCAGCCUGCGCAUAUGCACAGUCUGGUCAGGAUCCAUGAUGUUCGCUUUCAAAGCCUAUUGCAAUUAGAGAAACUAUUAGCGAACAGCAUGGAUCCUGACCACACUGCGUGGAUGUGCAGGCAGGUCUGGAUCCAUGCUGGUUGCAAAGGCACUGUGUUGGUUUUCUCAUGGCAGAGCUUGUUUGUAGAUGUUCAUUAUUCACUGUGGUUUUACUACAUCUUUAUGUGAAGUGUACCAGCAGAGAUUUAUUAUGGAUUAGUGAUGAUGCCAUAUGUGUUUGAAAUGUGCUUAUUUUCUUUGCUUCUGAAGCAGUAUAUUUAGACUUCAUAUUAUGAAGUGUUAAAUCCAUGUAUACAGAUUAGAAAAAGUUUGGUGCAUUUUUGUUGCUAUUUUGUUUGCUUUUUUUUAUAAAAUAAAUCAGAAAUAAUAACAUUA